AAAAGAGGCCCAUAGAGAGAGAGAGAUAACAUGAAAGAAAUGGUAGCCAUAGAAACAAGCCUUUUCUUUAAUAAUCUUUCUUCUCCGAAUCUCUAUCGUCCAAACAAAAUUCGCAGAAGAAAUGCUAUUGCCGUCACCUUAGCUAAGAAGAAAGAUUCCUCUAAGGAUUCAACAACACAACAACCAAAUUUUCCUCUCAGAUUUUCAAGUAAAUUUCUUGCUCAAUCAGCAAUUGCUGUGUUUGGAUUAGGGUUCAUCGAUGCUGGGUAUAGUGGAGAUUGGUCGAGGAUUGGAGUGAUCUCAAAGGAAGCAGAAGACUUGCUUAAGGUUUCUGCUUUUGUUGUUAUUCCUCUCUGUAUUUUCCUUGUAUUUGCCAUCUCAAGGGAAGAAGAGCUCUAAAAUUUGUUUAGAUGGUAAGUUUGUAAAAUUAGAAAUUCAUAAAAUUAGAAAUUCAUUUUAUUUUUUA